AUGGGCCUGGAAGUUGUGAAUUUCUCUUUUCCGCGUGAGAAUUCUUAUACAACCAGUUCAUACCCUUCCAGUUCGUAUGGGUCAAUCCGUAUUAAAAGCCUGAUAACCUCCGUUGGAUGUUCCAGAGAUGGAAAAGAUUCAGGACUGGUUUUGAAUUUGACGGAUAGUCCUUUUUUCUUCGAAGAUGGAAACAGCCUUGUAGCGGUUGGUUGCAACGGAAAAGCAUCGUUGACUAACAUUGAACCGACCAAAGUGGGAUGCGAGUUGAAUUGUACUGCAAGCAAAGAGAGGUUACCUAGCAAAAGUAUCCCUUUUUUCGACAAUGCCUGGUGUUCUAGCAAUCCGGUUUGUACCAAGAACAAAGGAGAAGAUGAAAGAAGAUGCGAUGGUAAUGGUUGCUGCGAGGAAACUCUAGAAGGUUUUCAGGAUAAACGUGUGAUGGGUGUCAGAAUAGAGAGCUUUGAGCAAGGAAACUCGACAUUCAGAAAAUGCAGAGUCGCUCUCUUAACAGAUGAAGUGUACAUGCUAUCGAAUGCAACGAAGCCAGAAAGUUUUUUCUCUAAGGGGUAUGCUACAGUUAGGAUGGGAUGGAUCAUUCAGACGAAUAAUCUUUCUUACAUAAAAUCUUUGGGCUGCGAAACCACAAAAGAGUACCAGAGUGUUCCAUAUAGUAAAUUUCAAGAAAUAAGCUGCAUAUGCUACAGUGUCACCACUUCUGGGACCAGUUAUGCAAACUGUGGAUGCAACCAAGGUUACACAGGCAACCCCUACCUCUUUAACGGAUGCAAAGAUAUUAAUGAGUGCCUAGAACGAGAUCCUGAUAGAAAUGGAACGCGCAUGUACUGCAGAGACAGCGACACUUGCGUAAAUGUGCCUGGAGAUUUUCGUUGCGUGGGAGAUAAGACUGGAGCAAUAAUGAAAGAUUCAAACAUGUGA